GGGUGAAGGAUUGGUAAAAAAAAGAGUCAGUUCUCUGCGGUGAAUUCGGCCUCGCAAGUACCGACCAAUCAAGCGGUGGUCUCACGCGAGUUGGUGACCAGUUUAAAAUACAGAAAAUCAGCGGAAUAUACUAAGCAUCAUGGAGAAAAGGAUACUGCGGUUUCUCGGUACUGUACUGUGUGUUUGUGUGACGAUCUGUGUCUACUCUAUAAUGACCAGGUCUGAGUACGCACCUACCUAUGGACCCAAGACACUCAAUGCCACGAAAAUAUGGCGUCAAGUGAAGAACGAUAAUUUCUCAACAAUAACACCGAAGAAGAGCGAUAAUUUCUCAACAAUAACACCGAAGAAGAGCGAUAAUUUCUCAAUAAUAACACCGAAGAAGAACGAUAAUUUCUCAACAAUAACAAAAGCAGGAAGAGAUGUAAUGAACAGUGUUUCUACCUUAAGAGAAGAAUUGCUGUGUGCACUCAAGAAGAACGUUCCGUUCUCAACUAUAACAAGAAAACAGGCGUCCAAAGAUGGAAACGCCACCAUACUGCCGGAGGAGAGUCUGGAGAAGUUGGUGCACUUUAACUCGUGCGCAGUCGUCAGUAGUAGCCACGGCCUCAGGCUUCACAAGUACGGGAAGGAGAUAGACAGCCACGAUGCCGUGCUGAGAUUCAACUGCGCUCCAACGCAGGGAUUCGAGCAGUUCGUCGGAAACCGGACGGACAUUCGUCUCGUCAACACACAGAUUCCGGGACGGUACUUCAAGAAGGAUUUCUGGAGCAAAAACAGCAACAUGUUCAGACAUGAAGCCAUAGUUGUUAGGAACAUGGACUCCAUCAGUGUGAAAGGAGAAAAGAUCGACACCAAACACGACCAGUUCCACGUUUUUAACAACUUGGUCAAAUACAGGAAAAUGUAUCCAACAAGGGAUUUGCAUUUCAUACAGAGACCUGACUUCGGAAAUGACAUAAUGUGGGAACUGGCGCGGUUCUGCAUCACUACAAGAAUGUGUAACAAGGCAAAUAUGAGUCCAAGUUCGGGAAUGUUUGGUAAGGCAGUUUCGUUAACGUUUUACAGUGUUGUGAUGAUGCUGCACCUCUGCGACUGGGUCCGUGUCUACGAGAUCGUUCCCUCCAACAAGGACCGCACCACUGUCCCGUAUUACUACGAUGAACAAACUACUACUACAUGGACGUGGCUAAAAAAGUGGCACUCGUUCACCCAAGAAAGGGUUUACCUCAGGACCUUGUCACUGACUACUGAGAAAGACAUAAACGAAACGGGCGUGGUGCUGCUGAAGGGGUUUUCACAGACUCAAUGCCACUGA